GGAUGCCGGAGAAAGAGACUGCCGAAUAUGACAAGGUCCAGUUAAGCCGGAGCACCUGUACCCACCCCUGCAUGGGUUUUUUUGGAACAGAAGUGAACACCUGGCUUGCUUGCUGGUCACUUUUGUUCAAAGACCCAGAGCCCACGACCACUGCAACUCCGGCGACCAACCUCACAACCAUCCAACAAACCCGGAUCUCUCUUUUCGGGCCACUGUUGUCCUCGUCGGAUUCCUCCACUCCGCCCGCGGCAUCUUGACAAAGGCAACCCGAUUCCUCCUCACAUAGUUUUAUUUUUUACACUCGCCCGCAUUCAAGAUGUCGAUGCCAAUGUCUGGCCCCAUGCAGAUGGGCCCCAACGGGCAGCCCAUGCCCUCGCCUGAGCAGAUCGCAGCCAUGCGCAGACAAAUAGAGGCAGACGCUGCAAAGGCCGGGAUGACUGUCCCCGACUUCCUCAACCAUCUCCGACAGCAAGCUAUGCAGCAACAACAGCAACAGGCGCGACAGGCGCAGCAACAGCAGGGCGGCGAGGGCGGCGGCGGAGAGGGCGACCAUGAGCAUGGCCCUGGCCACCAGCACCCUCACCCUGACCAACAACCACAUCAACAGGCGCAGGGCCAGCCUCAGCCCAUCCAUCCUGGUCCCCCCAACCCCGUUGCGCUGGCAGUCGCCAGCUUCCUGCGCAGCCAGGACCUGAAGCCGCGUACUUGUAUCCUCAAUGGGGAGCGCAAGGACAUGUUCAAGGUCAUAGUGAAGCGAGCACUGCGCGCUCUUCAGUCCCCCGCCUACGAAAAGGCGCGUAAGAAGAACCCCGCUCUUCCCGAGAUCACCGACCGUGCCUCUCUCGAGAAUACCUUCAAGCUGCUCCCCAUGUCGAUGCUUGCUCUGCGCGUAGCCAAGAUCGACCCGCACGAAGGCCACAACCACGGUCCGAAGAAGACGAAACGCAUCAAAGGCCUUUGGACCGUCCGCAUUGAACCUCAGCAAGAGGCCAAGGAGGAAAUGUACUAUGCAUGGUUCUGGGAGGGCAGCCAGGUCAAGCGCAAGCUCUACUCGAUUCUCGCCCUCGUCCUCAUCUUCAUUGUCGUUUGCUACCCUCUCUGGCCGCUGAAGCUCCGUCUUGGUGUUUACUACCUCAGUUGGGGAUUCCUCGGCCUGCUCGGUCUAUUCUUCCUCAUGGCCAUCUUCCGUGUUAUUCUCUUCUGCGUCACCUACUUUGUUGUAUCACCCGGCCUCUGGUUGUUCCCCAAUCUUUGGGAGGACGUGUCCUUCGUCGACAGCUUCAAACCCGUAUGGGCAUGGCAUGAUACUGCUCCUAAGAAGGGCAAGAAGAAGAAGUCCGCGUCUGGAGCCGCAAACGCUAGUGGCACUUUCGCUGCUUCUACCGGUCAACCUCUUCCGGCUUCUGCGACUACGACCGCGACCGAGACUCAGAUUGCAUCGCAGCCGUCGCAGCGCCCCGGCUAUAUCGCGCCAGCCGUGGAGGAGCUUGGUGAUGACGAGGAGUAAAUUUGUUGUCGAGGUGUAGAUUCGCAUCACACAGGCGUUGGGGGCUUUGUCGGUUGAAAGGUUGUUCGGGUAAAAAUAUCCAGCUUUUAGCAUGCUGCUGCCGUCUGGGCUCGGGGGAGAGGGGUAAAGUGCCCAUCUUGGUACAUAGUCUUGGUCAAGUUGGCUCUUCUUAGAGCGCUCAAUGGAACAAAAACAAGUUAUGGCACCUCUUCUCCCGAUGGAGAUGACUUAUACAGAUGUGACCCGGAUAACAGCCACAACUACAAUGGUAGACGA